AUGGCAGAAAAUGGCUUCAGAUGUAUAGCUUUUGCACACAGGAAAACAUCAAUAAGAGAUUAUUUCACCUUCUCUCGACAGCAGCUGAUUCUAUUAGGCCUUGUUGGAUUGACAAAUUCGCGUCGAAGUGGAACAAGGGGAACAGUGGAAGAUUGCCGUAGAGCUGGAAUCAACGUCAAAUUGAUCACCGGAGAUAACAAACCUGGUGAAGUGAUAAAUGGUGAGGAAUUCAGGAAGUUUAGCUCAGAAGAGCGAAUGGCGAAAAUUGAAAAUAUCUGCGUGCUGGCAAGAGCCACUCCUGAUGACAAGUUACUUAUGGUCCAAUCUUUGAAGCAGAAAGGCCAUGUGGUUGCAUUCAUUGGACGAGGCAUUGGAGAUGCACAAGCCCUUAGAGAAGCAAAUGUAGGACUUUGUUUUGGAACCCAAGGGGCAGAAAUUGUCAAAGCAUGCUCAGCCAUUGUCAUGUCAUGCAAAGAUUUUCCUUUCAUCAUUGAUAUUUUGACAUGGGGUCGGGGAAUAUACGACAGUGUCCAGAUUUAUACUCAGUUUUUGCUCAUUGCAAGUUUUGUUGCUUUGGUAAUUGACUUUGUGAUGGCUGUUUCAUCUAGCGAACCCCCUGGUUUGAGUGCUGUGGUAGCUGUUUCAACAGGAAAAAUUCCAUUUCCGGUGUUUCAACCUUUGUGGAUGAAACUGAUUGCAGGUACUUUAGCAGUUCUUGCACUCAAUAUAGAGAAGCCGUCUCAAGAUGUUAUGCGGAGGCCACCAAGAAACUUGAAAGAACCAUUAAUCACAGCCCAAAUGCGAAAAAAAAUUGGGGCUCAAGCUUUAUAUCAGAUAGCCAUCUUUCUGGUUAUACAUUUCAAAGGCAAAUCAUUAUUUAAUGUAAAUGAUCAGGAAAAGGAUUCUUUGGUCCUUAGUACAUACAUUCUCUGUCAAGCCUUCAACAUAUUCAAUCCCAGGCUUUUGGAGAAGAACAUUUUUGAGGAGAUGCAAAAGAAAAAACUCCUCUUGAGCGUCAUCGGACUAAUUAUUUCCAUUCAGUUUAUAAUGGUGGAACUUCUGAAUGGGUUUUCAGGGACAGCCAGGCUAGGAUUCGGCCAGUGGGGCUUGUGUAUAGCCUUUUCUGCUGCACCUUCUAUGGUCACUUGGUUUGUUAGGUGCAUUCCUCCUCUGGGAAACUUUAAGUUUCCAAUGUUGAAGCCUAAAAUCGAUUAG